GAGCGGCACACAUACACACGCAGCCACCUCCUCCUGCUUGUAAUGCGGAGAAAAGCCGUUUGCCUCAUAUCGCGCUCUCCGAAGGUAGGAUCUCAAUUAUCAUCUUUGUUUUGGAAAAGAAAAAAAGUCGUUCUUGGGAGCUCGAAUGGUUUUACCGUUUUCCUCUUGUUUGGAAGACUCACAUUUUCUCAAUACAGGGAAAAGUACAGCAGAAAGGAUGGAUGGCAGCACUCAGAGCCCCAGCAGCUGUCUGUUUGAAUUCCCCCUCUGACCUCGUCCCUGGCUGUGCUAUUCCAUCCUCUUAUCCAUUGCCAGGCAGUGCAGCAGAUAAAGAGCAAUAAAGAGAGCUCCACUGACAGCUGGCGAUGCCUGAGAGUCCUUCGUCCAGUGAGGAGAUGGCGAGAAGCUUAUCUGACAGCUCCGGGGGCUCUGAUUCGGAGAGUUCCAGGGAGGAGCCCCGGUUGAGGUCACGACCCAGCAGCGGCCGCCCAGACCUGGGGGCUCCACCGGACUCGCUGCUGGUGGGCGUGGUCAUCCCCGACCUGCAGCAGUCCAAAUCCAUGCGGUUUAAAGCCGACGCCACCGUGUGGGUGGCCAAGCAGGAGAUCCUGUGCACCCUCACCCAGAGCCUGCGGGACGUGCUCAACUACGGGCUCUUCAGGCCGGCCGUGGACGGGCGCGAGAGCGGCUUCCUGGACGAGGAGCGGCUCCUCCGCGAUCAUUCCCUGCCCACCAACAAGGGGGUGCCCACUCUGGAGUUUCGCUACAAGAGCAGAGUCUACCAGCAGCCAAAUGUGGAUGAAAAACAGAUCUCAAAAUUGCACACUCAGGCAAACCUGCGGAAAUUCAUGGACUACAUCCAACAGCAUCAUCUGGACAAAGUUUCCAAGCUUCUGGAGAAGGGCCUGGACCCCAACUACCACGACCCAGAAACUGGUGAGACGCCCCUGACUGUUGCAGCCCACCUGGACAACAUGGUGGAGAUCAUCACUGCACUCAAACACGGAGGUGCUCAUCUAGACUUCCGUUCAAGGGAUGGCAUGACUGCCCUCCACAAAGCGGUGCAGUCCAAGAACCAGAUCGGACUGAAGGCUCUCCUGGAGCUGGGUGCGUCUCCAGACUACAAGGACAGCCAGAGCCUGACGGCGCUCUAUCACACGGUGCUGGUGGGGGGGGACCCCAGCUGCUGUGAGCUGCUGCUCCGAGCCCGCGCCUCCGUCUCCUGCCACGACGAGAACGGCUGGCACGAAGUCCACCAGGCGUGUCGCUAUGGCCACGUGCAGCACCUGGAGCAUUUGUUGUUCUACGGAGCGGACAUGAGUGUGCAGAAUGCCUCUGGCAACACGGCUCUGCACAUCUGUGCACUCUAUAAACAGGAAAGCUGUGCCAGAGUUUUGCUGGUACGUGGAACCAACAAGGAAGUCAAGAACCAGAGGGGACAAACUCCCUUUCAGGUGGCUAUUAUCGCUGGUAACUUUGAACUGGCAGAAUACAUCAAAAACCACAAAGAGGCUGAUAUUGUGCCUUUCAGGGAGGCCCCGUCCCCAGUGGCGUGUACGAGCAGGCGUCCGGCGGCCCGGAGCACGCUGGCAGCCCCGCGGGUGCUGCUGCGCUCCAACAGCGACACCAACCUCAACGUGCAGCUGGGUCAACCCCACCCCCAGCGUCAGCGCUCGCCCUCGCCCUCCCCGCUGCGCAGCCUCUCGCCCCGCCGGCCCCCGCAGCAGAUGCAGAGCAGCCCUAAUGGCACGGUGAAGACCAUGGGCGCUGGGGCCCAUGCCACGCGCUCCCGCUCGCCCUCGCUAGGGCGCCUGGGUGGCAGGGAUGCGCGCCGACAGCAGAACCCCCAGCACAAGACCAGCCCACGCGCCAGCAGGGACGGCCUGUCCAGUGCAGAGGCCCCCAGCUCCAAGCGCAAGCUGUACAGUGCCGUCCCAGGCAGACACUAUGUGGUGGUGAAAUCUUACCAGCCACAGGCUGAGGGCGAGAUCACGCUGUACAAGAACGACAGAGUCAAAGUGCUGAGCAUUGGAGAAGGGGGUUUCUGGGAAGGCAGCGCGCGUGGGAGCAUGGGAUGGUUCCCCGCCGAGUGUGUGGAGGAGAUCCCCAGCAAGGCCAACGAGGACCGACCCUAUUCCAGAGCUGACCGAUCAGAGAGAAGAAAGCUCUUUCGACAUUACACAGUGGGAUCCUAUGACAGCUUUGAUGCAUCAAGCGACUGUGUUAUUGACGAAAAGACGGUAGUGCUGCAGAAGAAGGAUAAUGAAGGAUUCGGGUUUGUGCUACGAGGGGCGAAAGCUGACACCCCCAUUGAGGAGUUCACCCCGACACCCGCCUUCCCUGCCCUGCAGUACCUGGAGUCUGUGGAUGAAGGUGGAGUUGCCUGGCAGGCAGGCCUGCGCACCGGGGACUUCCUCAUCGAGGUGAACCAGGAGAACGUGGUCAAAGUGGGCCACAAGCAGGUGGUGAACAUGAUUCGACAUUGCACCAACAGCCUGAUCAUCAAAGUUGUGACGGUCAGCAGGAAUCUAGAUCCAGAUGACACAGCAAGGAAAAAAGCGCCCCAACCUCCCAGGAGGGCACCCUCCACUGCACUCUCCAUGCGGUCAAAGUCCAUGUGCUCUGAGCUGGAAGACAUGGAUAAGGUGGAUGAAAUAAUGCCCUCCCAGAAGCCCCCAUGGGAUAGUUCAACGUUGGACACAAGAGUUGCUGCGGUUAAACCGAGGCCAAACAGCAGAUGCUUCGCUGUGGCCCCUGAGAUGAAUUCUUUGUGCAAUAGCCAGAAUGUGGCAGUGGCCCCCGCUCCAGUGCCUGGAAGCCCUAGAGCAGGCUACCUGGAUAUUCCGAGAGGAACUAUAAGGCGUCAGACAUCUAUAGGUGUGACUGAAGAGGAGAAACAGUUUCUUACACCUCCAGUGCUGAAAUUUACCAGAAGCCUUUCUAUGCCAGACACAUCUGAGGACAUACCGCCUCCACCAGCCAGCUCCCCUCCAUCCCCUCCGUACAACAACAGCAACAACCCUCCCACCCCGAACAGGGCCUAUGGCACCAUCAGACCAGGGUUUGCCCAAAGCCCGGCCUCUAACAGCAUGGCACCUGAGAGAGGAGAGGCAGGCGUGGGGACGGUGUGGCGGGAGCAGGGUACCUACUACAGGGACAGUCCUGAGCAUCAUUUCCAGGCGGAGGAGUUCAACCACUCUGGCCCCACAGCUCAGCAGAGCCUCCACAUGAGACGAGCCCAGGUGCCCGAGAAUCCGUACUCAGAUUUGGCGAAGCUAAACCACUCGAGUAUGUUUGCGCCAAACAAGCCAAUGAGGAGAAAGGGUAUGCUGGUCAAGCAGCCCAAUGUUGAGGACAGCCCUGAGAAAACCACCAUUUCCAUCCCGACCAUUAUCAUCAAAGAGCCCUCCACCAGCAGCAGUGGCAAGAGCAGCCAAGGCAGCAGCAUGGAGAUUGAGACGAGCUCCCAGGACCACCCUGGCCAGCUGCGGCCUGAUGACGGCCCCAGUCUCAGCAACCCCUUCGCCCCACACUUUGUGCAAAAACGUGAAAAACGGCUCGAGGUCCACAGGAACUCCCCAUCCUUCCGUUCUACCGAUUUGUGCGAUGAUGACUCACCUACCCCGACUCCAGCUCCACGCCUACGUCACUCCAAGUCCAUUGACGAGGGAAUGUUCAGCAGUGACGAACGCUUACGCCGGCUCAUGGCUCCGCCUACCUCCCUCCUCAACUUCCCUCGAGGGGGUGGGUCAGGGGGAGGCAACGUGACAGACUUCAACAGCCCUGAGCCCACCAUGGUGCGAGAGGUGCUCAGUACGCGCACAGGCCACCACAGCCCCAUCAGCCUGCCCGCCAACAAGACCUACAAUGUGGGCGGUGGAAACUAUGUACAUCCAGUCACAGGGAAACCUCUGGACCCCAACUCCCCUCUGGCCCUGGCGCUUGCCGCCCGAGACCGAGCCAUGAGGGAGCAGUCUCAGCCUCUCCCGCUGAAGAGCGACCUGUCCAAGCCUGACCUCAACAAGCCCCUUUUCAUCGACACCAAGUUGCGGAUGAGUGAGCUUAGCUUCUCGGCAACGGCCACCAUGGGCCGACCGGGCAGAUCAGCCCUGCGCAGGCAAAUGACGGAGGCCAAGUACGAGACUGAGUCCAAAUACAGCAUUCAAGAUGGACUCCAUCUGCGCAGCAAGGAGGAAAAGAGACCGGAGGAGAAGAAGAACAUGCUCAUUGACAUUGUGGACACCUCACAGCAGAAGUCGGCUGGCCUCCUGAUGGUGCACACCACCACAGAUGGUUCGAAGAACAGCCUGUCAGAAGGGGAGCGGGAGGAAGCCGUUAGCUCGGACAGUGCACCGGGUGAGCUCCGUGACCCCAACCAGCCUGCUGUCUCUGCCAAUCCAGUCAUGCCCAAACCCCUCUUAGCCAACCACGGGAAGACCAUCAUCACAAUCAGCUCAGUGGACGAGCCUGUCAAGCUCCCUUUUGCCAUACCUCCCCCUCCUAUGGUCUCUGUUGACAUCGAUGAGGAGUUUCCAUUCAGCGACCCUCUUCCUCCACCUCUUGAAUUUGCCAACAGUUUUGAUAUCCCUGAGGAGCAAGCAGGAGCUUUGGCUGAGCUGCUCAGGCAGAAGGCCAAUGGAACUAGCGGAUCCUCACUCACCCCCUUUUAUGCGCAAUUAUCUGCAGGAAAUGCUCAGAUUAAAAGGCCAGCAGUGCUUACAAAUUGCACACCGCCCAGUUUCCCACCCAUGGACACGUAUGAGCCGAUAACUGAUUCGGGCAUUGAGGUGGACAGUCGGAGCAGCGGGGACCCCCAGUUGGAGACGACCAGCACGGUCUCUACUGUGUCUAGUAUCUCCACCCUGUCUUCGGAGGGAGGCGAGACUCUGGACACAUGCAUGGUCUAUGCAGAUGGACAGGCUUUCUUGGCGGACAGGCCUCAGGGCAUAUCCAAACCAAAGGUCAAGUCCAACAUCAAUAAAAAUGCACUUUACAAAGAGGAGGAGAACAUAAGCCCUUUCAGGGUACCAGGCUCCAUUCCACCCCCGCCUCCCAAUACUGCACCCCCAGAACCCCCCAAAACACCAACACAGAGAACCUCAAAACUCUGGGGUGACCCCACUGACCUGAAAAGCCCCCACGCGUCCGAACCCAAGCUUUACCAUGGCAUGGGCGAACUCAACUCAGCCCUGCAGCACUUGAACAAGGACAAAAUGCCAAAGCCAGGGGAGGGGUUUGACUCCCCCACAGGAUCCAGGACUCACUUGGAAAGCAGGAAUCUAGACGGUAUGUCCCUUGUCUCGGGUACACAGCUGAACACCACGGUCACUUUCUCCACCCAGCCUGGCCCUAACGUGCCUCCUACCACCACUGCCACCCGUUCGGCUGAGAGCCUGCCUCCGUCCCACCACCACCCACUCCAUGGACUCCCCCACCACCACCACCACCACCACACCCCCAUCAUGUCCCCUCCGGACUCGGGGCUCGGGUGCACCUCUUCCUCCCUGCCGCCCUCCGCCACGUCCCCCACCAUGACGGAUGUGUUCGGCCUGCCCACACCGCCGCUCAGCCUUGGCACGGGCCGCAGCCGCUCGCCGUCCCCGCUCACGCUCAUCCAGGCCCCCUCCAACAAGCCCUUUGCCGCCAAGCCCGUCAUGAUGUGGAAUAAGCACGACGUGGCCGACUGGCUGGAGAGCCUGAACCUGGGCGAGCACAGGGACGCCUUCAUGGAGAACGACAUUGAGGGGAGCCACCUGCCCAGCCUGCAGAAGGAAGACAUGAUAGACCUGGGCGUGACGCGGGUGGGCCACCGCAUGAACAUCGAGCGAGCAUUGAAAGUGCUCUUAGACAGAUGAGAAUAGGCUUGGCUCUUUUUAAUGACAUCAGAACUCCAUAAGGCUACCAUUUUCUUUUUCUUCUCUUGCUUUUAACGUUUGCCUCCUUCUCCCAGUGUUUUUUUGUUGGUGUUUUUUGGACCAUAGGAAUACACAUAUCCUGAAGAAACUGUGUUGACUUUGGAAACAGCAGAGCAAGUUCCCACACAAGCACAAAAGUCCUCUCUGAAAGUGAGCUAUCAGUGGAGUCAGCCCUAAGCCAGGACCUUGGGGCAGCCCACACAAUCUAUGGAAUAUAGGCUCACAAAUUCUUGCAAUGUCAAUGUCUUUUGGAAACGAAAUCAUUUGAAGACAACAAAGACCAGCUGAGCUGGAGAUACAGUUUCUAUCUUUGCUAGAAAUACUUCUUCAGGAAAAAAAUGGAAUAUUGAUGUAUUUUGUCUGUCAGCUGCCUAUGAAAUAUCUUGCUUUUUUUCCUUCUUCACCUUUUCUCUGGAAAGUAGAUGAGACUAAAAUACAAUGUGUUAAGUGGAAAACGUCUCCCUCAGUUCACCUGCAGAUGGUCCUUGGUUGGGCAUUCUCACUCGGAUAAGAGGCCACUUCUCUUGUACGUGCACCUGUUUUGUUGAUCUAACUGUAGCAAACUGCAACACUUUCAUCUGCUGUCUUUUCCAUCCACAGUGUCCGAGUAUAUUUGGGUUUGCUGAAAAAGAUUUGUAAUCACAAAAACAUCAUAUAUAUACUUUUUAUUUGGUCUUCCACAUGAGGUGAAGGUUGUUUAUUGUAUCAGAUUAUAUGACCCUAUUUUCGACUUCAAUAUCGGGUAGUUGUAUUUAUCUUUUAUCCACUGUAUUCUAUGUAUUUCUCUCAGCACACUACUGUGUGUGAUUGUGAAGGAAUUCUAGAGCAUUGUGCUUUGGGGUUCCCUGCAACAGACACAGACCCGGCCAUCAAAAAAACAAUAUCUGAAAGCGAGACAAAUAAUCCCAGUUUGAACCUUAUGUUUGGUCAGAUACAGGUGUACACAAAUCAGAAGUAAGUUGAUCUUUUACAGGAAUGGAUUCUUUGAAUUGGAGUGAACAUAGGCAUUUUUUAUGCGCUGAAUGGAAUAGGGGAAACAACUAUUUCUGCACUCAGGGUUUCAUGGAGAAUCUAUUCCUUGUUUUGUAAGAGUUGUCUUGCCAGGCAGGCUCUGACUUUCUGAAUGUUUGUUGAAAUUUUGAAAGAGCUCGCCCAAUGUAUAUUAUUUUGCAUAAUACCAGGGCAGAAUAAUUCUUCCUCAGAAAGCACAGUGAGAAGACCAUUGAAUUCUGUUUGACUUGCGUAUACCAAGCUAUUAAAACUUUUUUAACAUAUAGGUACACUCACUUCUGUCUAUUCACACCUUUCACAUCUAAAUGUCACAAUCUGUAGAGAAGUACAGCAUUAUAUCUAGAUUUUAUGAAUUUGUCUGUAAGCGAAAGCAUGUGUGAUGUGAGCAUGUGAGUAGGGACAGAAAACCCUGUCAUUGCAAUUUUACUUUACAGUACUGUGCAAAAGUUUUAGGCAUCUGUUUUAAAACAGUUCCUUUUUUUUCCUUCUACAUUAGUGUGUCCAUAGAUUUAGUCUGUAUGCACUUUGUAUGUUGCUGAUUGAUAAGUACAAAUCCUUCAUGUCAUUUUGAAAAGCAUCCUCACUUUAUAGCAUUAUUUUCAAAACUUUUGCAGAGUACUGUACUAACCAAAUGUUUUCGUCAUGAAAUUAAGAUUGAUGGGUUUUGUUGAUUGCCUCAAUUAAAUGCUGUUUUAUGAAAAACACAUCCAUUGACCAUGAACACAGUUUUUCUUUCUUACUUUUAGUUAAGCCAGGUUAUGAUAACAGGAUGUAUACUGUACCAGUUUCUAAUUGUCAUUCUAAUUCAUCGGCAUCACAUUUGUUCUGAAACGUCUGGAAUGUCAGUGAAAGGUGAUGUAUAUUUUAGUAUUCUAAGACACGUUGAUGGCUGCGUGGUGAAACAGUAUGUAAGCACUGAAUGAGAUGCAGUUACUUUUUGUUGGAAUGAUAUCAUAGUAUCGGCAAGUUUUGUGGAUUUUCCAAGACCCUCUUGCAUCUAGAUUUGUAUGAGUUGUGUGUGGUUUGAACUGAGGGAGAAUGUCAGGUGUUCAUUUAAUAGAUGGUUGAUGUUAAUUAUUUAAUCAUGGCCCCAAAAUGCUGUAGGGAGAUUCAGAAUACUGUUGCUAAUGCCUACUAUAGAGGAGUUAGAGUUACUAUAUCAUCUCAGUAUAUCUUAUUUUAAGAGACAUAGGAAAAUGCACAGUAUUUUAAUUAUAGAGAUAUUUAUUAAAUAUUUAUUAUGUUUUAAUGACAUUAACUCUCAUCUGUGUUGUGCCAAAAAUAUAUGUGGUAUCAGCUAAGAAGCAAUACAAAACUGUUCAAAAAAUCUGUUGUUCCUCUCUGAUAUACAAGCUUUCCACCAUCAUAUUCCAAAUCAUAUUCUGUAGAGCUUGGUGAUCUAGAAUAAUACUUGAUAUUUGAGUUAUCGCUGUCACCUGCUUCUUUUAGAUACUGCAAUUAAAUACAGAAAAAUUAAAUGGCUUAGUUUUGUAUUUUGUGUGUAAAUGAUGAGACACAGAUAGACUAUGGAGUCCUGCACAGUAGUUUCAGGCCCCCUUGACACUGUAUAAUAAGAAGAGUUUUCACCUAAAUAAGACAGAUGUGUGUGAUCAUGAAAAUAAAAGUAAAUACCAAUGUUGAUGUUUCCAGAUUCUGAUUAAAGAUAUUUUAUAGUUUCAUGAGCAAAGUUUAAAACCAACAUUUAUGGAAAUGUAUCAAGAUCAGUUGUUUGAAGACCAGUGAGGGUGUAAGAAUGCAGAACUAUGAAUCAGCGGGAUUAUUUUGCCCGUGGGUACAUACCAAGAAAAAUCCUAUUUGACAUUUUUGAUUUAUUCCUCAUUUCUUCUUCAUUGACAGAUCUCGCUCACACUCUCCUGUGGGGAAUGCAUUCACUUGAUCUAUGUUGCUGUAAUUUUGUGCUACAUUUAUUUGAAGGUAAAUAAUUAAGAUCAAAGAGAGACAUUUCUGUGACUGCACUUUUCCUCUGAAUCCUCAAUACUCAUGUAUGGAAACCAAAAUUUACUGGAAGAAAAUAAAUGAUAUUGUACAAUG